CCUGGUUGUUGUCGGUCGAGUUUUCCUCCAGGCAGUCAACAGUUUGCCGAAAGCGUGCACACUAGCUGGCCGCUUCACACCGCCUAAAGGAAGUUCUUCUUGCUCUUUCCCACCCGAGCAACAAACUGCUGACAGCAGCCGCUACAAGCCGGAAAGCAAUGUCAUUCCGUCGGCUGUCAGCCGUUCGGGUCGUUGUUUACUUUUUCCACUUCGGUUUUCCGGCUGCAUGCGUUAGGCAAGUGAAGGAAAAAGCGAGAGCGAGAGAGUGAGCGUGCGAUGCACGACAUCAUUUCCUUUUAUCACAUUUCCAACGUGCGCUCGGAGGGAUGUUAUUCUAUCCUCGUUCGUUUUUUUGGUUGUUGCUUUGCUUUUCUCCCUUAUGCCCUCUUCUGGAGCUAGUUUCGAGUCUGCAUGCGCUCGGCAGUGAAUUUCAAACGCGGAAAGCGUAAAAUUCGCUGUUAGUCGGUGCCAAAUCGUGACCGCGUUCGCACACAGCACACUUCGAGUAGAUCGUGAUCAUCCUUCCCGUACAUGGGGGAUUGUAAGUUUCGGAAGUAAACAUUAUCAUGUGAAAAUUGUACGUGUGUAAAAGUGUGUGUGCGUGUGUGUGUGUUUGUGUUCGAGGCGGAAGGAAGAUUAAUCGGAAUUUUACAAGACGUGUAAUGAAAUUGAUUUAAUUGUGCCAAAAAUUGGGUAAAGUGGAAAUAAAAAAUAGGAAAUGAAAGUAAAGUGAACAAAGCCCAAAAAGAAAACGUAACAGUGAUUGUUGUGUUUCCGAAAACCAGAUUUUUGUUCCAUCAAAGUGAAAUUUAAGUGCACGAACCGUCCAUCAACGUCAAGAUGCAUCACACACUGUGCAGAUAAGACUCCAUUUGCAAAGGCCACCAACUGGGAUCAGCUUCAUCUGCUCGACCACAGCAUCUGCGUCGCCGGAACUUCUUUGGCUUCGUGUAAUAAAGUCGGUUCAAUUUGCUAAAUGUGGUCCGUAACGUUCACUGGAAGGUAAAUGGUGGAGCACUUUUGAGUGGUUUUUUGCUCGAAUGCUCACCACGACCCGACGUGCUGAAGUCGGACGAGGUGCAAGCAGGACUUUAUACGCCUUUGUGAAUUGAUCCGGAGAUAUAAAACCAUCAUCAAGCUGGACGGUCAGUCCACACACAUCAACGUAUAAACUCUUCCAGUACCGUAGCAUAAUUCAACGGCAAGCUGUGAAGAGAUCCGUAUUCCUCUUACGCAACCGGACGUGACCAUAAAAAUUGACUCCUUCGAUUCAUUUCCGUGCACGUCCAACGGCACGUCCUUUUUUGGACAUCGCACCCAUUGGCAGUGUUACAAAGCGAGCAACAACUUCGCCCGCUCGGCCAAUUCCUUUUCUCAGUGUCAUUUUUUGGGUUGGGAGUUGGAGUGACAAAUCGAUCAGAAGUUACUUCCGUUCAAUCGAUACGUGUGCGUGUGUGCGUCCGAGGCCGGGAGCUUUCCCGGCAUACCCACGGGAAAUGAGAAAACGCAAACGCAUCAAACCGUAGCAGUAGGCGACGACGGUACGGCAGAGAAGCCUAUAGACGAGAAGACCACUACACUGCUAGGUGACGUGCAAAAGUGUUGAUCAUGCCAACUGCCUGACGGUACGGGAAGCCGAGCUUGCAAGCGGGAGUGUGUGUGGGGAGUCUGUGAGUUCUGUUUUUUUUUUUCGUCUUCUCAUUCUUCUUUUCAUUGCCUACAAAACCCCGAUUGGAGACAUCAGAGAGACAUAAGAAUAUUUUUAGUGCGCUGUGUGUAGUUUGUAGGUGGAACACUGUGCCGAGCCGAACCGCAUGACGUUCGAAUGGUGUGCCCCAUUAAGUGUGCCCCAUUUCACCAUUCGAGAAGAUUACUACGAAGGAAAUUGCAAAACUAAGUGUCACACAAGGAAGAAUCCCUUACCCGAAAAAAGCUCCGGGUACCCUGCUGCUUGGUGAUAAAUGAAAGCAAGCGAUCCCUGACCCUUUUCCCGUACAGUGUGAAGUGAAUCUUUUCGUGCGUAAAGUCGAUGCUAAUGGUGAAGAGUAAGGCAUCGAACAAACCGCGUGCAAUAGCGUGUCCCUUUUGAGCGGCUUAAUUUGGGCAACAAUUUAUGAAAGUGAUAAAAGCAGUGUUACGUUGAAGGUCACGCAAAAAAAAACCAUUGCCAAGAUCGAACAUGAAUACCACGCCAGUUGCAAAACGUACAAAGAUACCAGAAAACCAUUUUGCGGCACACGUAAGUCCUGCGUGAGGCAGGAAACAAACAUCCCAAAAAUAGGGCCCCACGGUACCGUGCUUAAUUCAUUUACCGCCGCUCAACACAAUCGAACACCACACGGCUGCACCAUGAAUAUUAUGGACUCGGAGAACCGGGUCGUGCUGAACGUUGGCGGUAUACGGCACGAAACGUACAAGGCAACGCUGAAGAAGAUCCCGGCCACAAGGCUAUCGCGUCUAACCGAGGCGCUAGCCAAUUACGAUCCGAUCCUGAACGAGUACUUCUUCGAUCGGCACCCGGGUGUGUUCGCACAGGUGCUCAAUUACUAUCGCACCGGUAAAUUGCACUAUCCAACCGAUGUCUGUGGUCCGCUGUUCGAAGAGGAGCUAGAAUUUUGGGGCUUAGAUUCCAACCAGGUGGAACCAUGCUGCUGGAUGACCUAUACGCAGCAUCGUGAUACGCAGGAAACGCUCGCCGUGCUGGAACGGCUCGAUCUCGACACGGAGAAACCGACGGAGGAGGAACUAGCUAGGAAAUUCGGUUACGAGGACGAUUAUCUAAAGGGUACGGUUUCCUGGUGGCAGCACACGAAACCGCAAAUUUGGUCGCUGUUCGAUGAACCGUACAGCUCCAACGCUGCCAAGAUAAUCGGUGUGAUAUCGGUGUUUUUCAUCUGCGUCUCCAUCCUGUCCUUCUGUCUAAAGACGCACCCGGACAUGCGGGUGCCCGUUAUACGAAACAUCACGGUCAAGACGGCCAAUGGCAGUACGGCUUGGGUGCUGGACAAAACACAAACGAACGCCCACGUGGCAUUCUUCUACAUCGAAUGUGUCUGCAAUGCGUGGUUUACGUUCGAAAUUUUGGUACGCUUUAUCUCCUCGCCCAACAAGUGCGAGUUCGUCACAUCAUCUGUAAAUAUCAUCGACUACAUUGCGACGCUUAGCUUCUACGUGGAUUUGGUGCUGCAACGGUUUGCCUCACACCUGGAAAAUGCGGACAUACUCGAGUUCUUCUCCAUCAUCCGCAUCAUGCGGCUGUUCAAGCUGACGCGCCAUUCGUCCGGUUUGAAGAUUCUCAUACAGACGUUUCGUGCGUCGGCCAAAGAGCUAACGCUGCUGGUGUUUUUCCUCGUGCUCGGUAUCGUGAUCUUUGCCAGUCUCGUGUACUACGCGGAACGGAUCCAGGCAAACCCGCACAACGACUUCAACAGUAUACCGCUCGGGUUGUGGUGGGCCCUGGUCACGAUGACCACCGUCGGGUACGGUGAUAUGGCGCCCAAAACGUACAUCGGUAUGUUCGUCGGUGCACUGUGUGCGCUGGCCGGUGUACUUACGAUAGCGCUGCCCGUGCCGGUCAUUGUGAGUAACUUUGCGAUGUACUACUCGCACACGCAGGCCCGUGCAAAGUUGCCCAAAAAGCGACGGCGUGUACUACCGGUGGAGCAACCACGACAGCCACGUACCGCAGGUCAAGGCGGUGGCAUUGGUAUGCCCGGUUCCGGCCCGAUGGCACGCCGCAUGAACCAGGUGAAGACAAAGGAUUUGGGACCGAAAAUUGGUCCGAUCGGUGCUAGUAUCGUCGCGAUGUGCCCGAAAAAUGUUGGCCUGCACACCAAUCCAGCCCUUGCCAUGUGUAAGCCAACGUUCGAGGUACGGCCACCGAGUAUUGCGCCCACACCGAUGAUGCUGGUACCGCGUGACGCUAGCUACAAACCGACCGUCACCACACCGACAGCAAACAGUGGUACCGGAGCGAACCUAGCAUCACUCACCAAUAAUGCGACCAGUACCAACAACAACAGUACAACCGUUGCCAACAACAACAGUACGAAAACGAUCGCCAACAGUAACAGCCAGUGCAGCAUCGUGAAAAGCACUAGCGGACAGCUAGCGAACUCGGUAAGGAAAAGCAAUGGUACCACCGCGAAGGAAACGGCCGAGGAGAAAAGUUUUCUUUGAGCGUUUGUUGCCAUCGUUAUGCAUGCACCGAAUCGCCCGAAAGUAUGCAAUCGCCAAGCACCGCCAACGGUAUGCCAAACACCUAACCAUACGCAACCACAUCGUACGCCAUCGCGUAAGAGCCAUGUAAAUAUGAAAGGAAAAACUCGUUGUAUAUGAUAUGUAUUUGCCACCAGCAGAAGUUGUGGUUGAUGGUAUGUAUUGUUCUAUUUCUCUUACCUGCUCAGAUAGUCAGAAACCAAAAUUCACAAAGAAAAUCAAAUCUAACACGUGCUCCGAAUGCAAAGUGUGUGUGUGUGUGCGCGUAUGUAAGUGUGUUUAUGUGUAAAAUAAUUGUAUCGAAGCUAAAAAAAAAUUCACUUGCUGCAGCGUUACACUUUGUAUCGUUCAAACGGGAACGAACGGUGGUUCAAUUUUCAAUUAUGCCUUCACACUUUGACAGCGCCAAACGGCACCACAAUGACACGCAUAGGCUUAAUCAAAUAUGUAUAAAAGAAAAAGUGUAAAAGAUGCGCGUAAUAUAAAUAAAUGUGAAUAUUUUACACUGGGUACGCUCUAAACUGCUCGAUGCGCUCGAGUGCUUCGUUAUGGUGCUUUGUUUUACAAUUUCUCUGGAGUGCAUUUUCACUCAAACAAACAAAAUAUGAGAUGUCCUUGUACAACACAAACCACACAUCCAUCUACAUGUUCUUAAAGCAAAAAAGGUUUCCCUGAAUCGAAAGAAUGUUUGCUGUACUUUUUUCUACCCUUUUUUCUAGCGAACAGUUUUCUGUUACUUACAAAUAGCUACAAUGGUUUUUGUGUUUCUUGGAAAACGAAAUAAAUUGAGUUUAAAUAAAAGUAAGGCUAAAGCUUCACUCUUAAACAACAGUUUAAGAAGCUCUAAAUGAAACAAACAAACAAACAAAAACAAAUGCAAAAAGUUAAGCAAACAAACACAGAAUCAUAAGCGUUGAAUGUGAUAAAAGUAGAUUUAAAAUAUAAACAAAAGGAAAGCUAAAUCCUGUGUGGCAAAACAAACCAAAACAAAAAAGCAAAGAAAAAUUACGACAACCCGAUCGAUUCAAAUGUAAAAUUUACUACUUGGCUAAGUAAUAUAGAAGAAAAAUAAAUAAAAAUCUACAUAAUCUUGAUCCUCUAACCACUGAUCAAGUGGCAAUGUACUUCAAAUUGCAAAUGCAUUCAAUUAAUGUAAAUCAAAACAGAAAACUAAGCAAAAGCAAAGAAGGACAAAUAAAGCAUAACACUAAACUAUCGUCUGCAGCUGACGGGUGAGGCGCAAACUUUUACUUGCCGAUUAUCACUGUUAAGAAAUUAUGAAGCUCUAAACAGAGAACAAAACUCCGAGAAGGAAAGUAAAUAUGCAAAACCAGACAGAAAGAGCUGCUUUGCCGCAAUUCAACAAGGUGAAGUGAUAGAGAAAAUCCCAUUUGGGAAAAAACACACCCAAUGAAGGAGAAUGAAAAAAAACGAAUGAAGGGAAAAUGAAAUCAUAAGAUGACACUUGACGGAGAGAAGGAAUUAAUUGAGAUGGUAAGAGAGAAAACAAAAAACCAGCAAAAAAAAAAGAUGAAAGCGUUGUCAUUUAUUGUUUUUUCACUCCCAUCUGAAAAAAAGAAUGGAAAAAUAUGAAUCGCCAAGCAAACAAAACAUGACAAA